AUGAGUCGUGAGUGGACGGAAGUGGAGAAGUCUUUUGCUUCGAAGGUGAACUACGACCCAAGUCGUGAUGGUCGUUUGGUUGUGCGGUUUGCUCCGGAGCCUUCUGGGUAUCUGCAUAUUGGUCAUGUGAAGGCGGCGAUGUUGAAUGCGUUUUUUGCUGAAUACUUCGAUGGUAUUAUGUUGUUACGGUUUGAUGAUACUAACCCUAGUAAGGAGAAGAUGGAGUUUGAGAAGAGUAUAUGUGAAGACCUAUCGUUAUUGAACGUUAAAUUUGAGGGUCCUACUUAUACAUCAGACUACAUUGAUAGAUUGGAAACAAGUAUGAAAGACCUUAUCCGGAAGGGAUUAGCGUAUUGUGACGAUACACCCUUGGAGGAAAUGCGCCAUAACCGGAUGAACGGUAUUGAGUCGCCAAGCCGUAGUGCAAAGACCGUGGAAGACAACUUGGCGGAUUUUGAAGAGAUUUUGAAAGGCACCGAGAAAGGCCAGACAAUGUGUGUUCGUGCAAAAAUCAACAUGCAAGACAACAAUAAGGCUCUUCGAGACCCGGUAAUGUGGCGUUGCAAUGUGGGUGUACCUCAUCACCGUCAUGGCACAAAAUACAAGUCAUACCCGACCUAUGACUUUGCGUGUCCAAAUGUAGACUCUUGGUCGGGUGUGACGCUCGCAUUAAGAGCAAAUGAAUAUGCAGAUCGUAUUCCCCUUUAUCAAUGGGUUCAGACGUCCAUGGAAUUGAGACCAGUUAAUAUUUAUGAGUUCUCGCGAUUGAAUUUAACUAAUACAGUUUUGAGCAAGAGGAAAUUGGCUUGGUUAGUUGACACUGGUAUUGUAGAAGGAUGGGAUGAUCCAAGAUUCCCUACCGUUCGUGGUAUGCUACGAAGGGGCUUAGUACCGGAAGCACUUAUGAAAUUUAUCAUCGAACUAGGACCGAGCAAAAAUACGAACCUCAUGUCUUGGGAUAAAAUCUGGAGCCUCAACAACAGAUUACAUGACCAAGUAGCACCCCGAUACAUGGCUGUCGACGCCAUCAACCAUGUCAUCAUCAAUCUCACCGGCUCUGAUAAUCUACCCAUUAAUCUAAACAAACCAAAACAUCCAAAACACCCAGAGAUGGGAGAGGUCAAUUUCGAGUUAACCGAUACAAUUAUAAUCGAACAGGAAGAUGCCCAGGAGUUUAUGAAAGAUGAACUUGUAACCCUGAUGCGUGCUGGUAACGUCAAAAUCACCGGUGUAUGCUCUGACAAAAUGGGGGUCGAUAAGAUCGGGGUCGAUAAGAUCGGGGUCGAUAAUGAGAAAAUGAGUGUAUGCACACACAUGAGCGCCGAAAUGGCCUUCGAGACUAGUGUGAAGGACACAAAGAAAAAGGUUCAUUGGAUUUCCGACAUUCCUGAUAACUAUAAGUUUGUGUUAAGAGAGUACGAUCAUAUUAUUAACAAGAGACAACCGGAAGAGGGAGAUGAAAUGAGUGACAUUGUUAAUCGGGAGAGCGUCAAGGAUACGAUACUGAUAGGUGAGCCCAGCAUUAAGUUUGUGAAAGAAGGUGAAGUGAUACAGUUGGAACGACGUGGCUAUGUCCGAUGCGAUCGUAUCCGUCCAGACGAUAAUUUGAGGAUCUUUGUCCUCAUACCCUCUGGUAAGACCAAGAACAUGUCUGUAAUCCAAACCAAAGUGGAUGCUGAGAAAAUUGCUAAAGGUUGCGAUGCUCCUUCUGACUCUCCGAAAGGACUUAGCAAGAAAGCCCUAAAAAAAAUGGCUUGGAUGAAGGCGCAGGAAGCCGCUGGCAAUAACGCAUCUCCCAGUAACGAGGAAGUUGCAUCCAAGAAAACAGACGAAUGA